CGGAAAAAUAAACAAGAAAAUAAGGGACGGCUAUGUAAAUUCAGAGACUUCAGGGGCCUAAAACCCCAUCAAGAACACAUCGUCAAGAUUGAACUGGGUUGUUCGUGCGGUAAGAAGCUUUACAAUGCAGACUCUCCGUGGAAAAUUGCUGCAGAGGAUCACGUGUACCCGAGUGUCUAGAUGCCUUCUGUAUUCCACCAAGAACGUACCCGAUGUAGGACAGCCUACCGCUGCUUCUCAUCCUCAGUUACUUAAGGAAGGGGAAAUAACACCUGGCGUAACUAGUGAAGAGUAUAUCUCCAGAAGGAAGAGAAUAUUGGAGCUUCUUCCAGAUAAGAGUUUGGCAAUAAUUGCUGCUGCCCCUGUGAAGAUGAUGACCGAUGUUGUGCCUUACACAUAUCGACAGGAUGCUGAUUAUUCGUACAUUACGGGCUGCCAACAGCCUGGCGGUGUAGCAGUCUUAGGUCAUGAUUGUGGUUUAUGCAUGUUUAUGCCGGAAGCAAGCCCUGAAGACGUUCUUUGGCAAGGACAAAUUGCUGGAGUUGAUGCAGCUUUACAAACAUUCAAGGCUGAACAGUCAUAUCCGAUGAGCAAAUUACGUACGAUCCUUCCAGAUAUGAUAAGAAGCUCCUCCAGAUUGUUCCAUAAUGGGAAAACAGCCAUGCAGACAUAUACAGACUUGGAAGCCUUCCAAAAAGCUGCUCAUGAUGGCAUCGUGAAAGAUCUUUCUGGUUACACUCAUGAAGCCCGAUUGAUAAAAUCACCAGCUGAGCUGAAGUUAAUGAGAGACUCCGCAUCAAUAGGUUGCCAGGCUCUUUUACAAACAAUGUUGCAUUCUAAGCCAUAUCCAUAUGAGGCUAUGCUGUCAGCUAAAGUUGAAUAUGAAUGCAAAAUGAGAGGUGCCCAAAGAAUGGCAUUCAACCCUGUGGUUGGUGGUGGGCCGAAUGGUAGCGUUGUCCAUUAUUCUCGAAAUGACCAGAAAAUCAAUGACGGGGACCUUGUUUUGAUGGACAUAGGAUGUGAAUUGCAUGGGUAUGUUAGUGAUCUAACACGUACCUGGCCACCAUACGGAAGAUUUUCUCCUGUUCACGAAGAACUUUAUGAGCUUAUUUUAGAGACAAACAAGGAAUGCCUGGACCUUUGCAAGCCUGGCAUGAGCAUUGGCUCAAUUCAUAACUAUUCGGUCAAUAAGCUGCGCAAAGGUUUUAAGGAGAUCGGAAUUUUGAAAGAUGAUCAACGUGAUAGUUACCAACAGCUGAACCCAACUAAUAUAGGGCACUAUCUAGGAAUGGAUGUACAUGAUUGUUCGACAAUAAGCUAUCACCGUCCUCUGAAGCCUGGUGUUGUGAUAACCAUUGAACCAGGUGUUUAUAUCCCUACUGGUUUUAACUGCCCAGAGAGGUAUCAAGGCAUUGGGAUAAGGAUAGAGGAUGAAGUACUUAUCACUGAAUCAGGUUAUGAGGUCCUCUCUGGGUCUUUACCGAAAGAAAUUAAGCACAUCGAGUCUUUGCUUAACAACUAUGGGCAUGCAACGGGGAUGGAUACUGUCGCGAGAGCUGCAUUCAGUUAGUGAUACUCUUGGAAAUUUUGAGAUUCAGAAUAGCUGUCAAAUUUAUUGAGAAAAAUUGCUACGAAGGUAUUUUACUUCUCAUUUCAUAUGUUCUGUUUCCAGCAAGCACUUCAGUAUUUAUAGUUACGUUACCUUCCCGAACGGCUAUACCAUAUGUAAAAGUCGAUUUUUUUUCUUAAUUGUCGUACAAUAAAAUUUUGAAUGCCAAUUUGAGCUUCUCUGUAGCUUGUAAUGUCCCUGCAAUGGACAAUAAACCUAAUUUCUCUGUGUUGUCAUU